GUUCAUUUGAUGGGACCACUACAUUCAUUCAUUCAUAUCAUGAAAACGUAAUUUAAAAAAAAAUGUAUUUAUACUGAAUACUCGACUAUCUGACUUGAACAAUUACAACAUGUACUUAUGCGGUUUUACGCCAACAUGUGCGGUCCGCCCCAGUUUGCUUGCCAAAAGUGUCCAGUGGGGAGAGAUGAAAUGAGGCUACACCUGAUUUCGGUCUGCUGGGGUUUUUAGCGAAGGGCCCUGAAGUAUGGCCCUGGAGAAUUCCCCAUUCCCCAACCGGUGUGCCGCAGUCGCCCACGCGGCGGGAUGGGCAAUGAUUCUGCCGUGUUUCUGGUUUCUUGACCGUCUCAUCGCCGUGUGCAGGUUGACCACCCUCGAACGGAGACAAGAGGAUACAUGCUACCUCUACCCCCUCAAGGCCUUCUUUGGCUCCAUCGCCUUCUUCGUUCUGUUUGUCGUGACCGCGCCCGUAGCCUUGCUGGGCUUCCUGCUGUGGGCGCCGCUGCAGGCGUGCCGCAGACCCUUCUGCUACCACCGAGAGACUGUGUCACUCCGGAGCGAGACGCACAGGGGCUUGGAGCUGGAGGGAAAGGGGUCGUUCGUCUUCGCAUCGGCCAACUUGUGUCUUUUGCCAGACAGUCUGGCUCGCUUCAACAACCUUGGACACACCCAACGAAGGGCUUCCGCUAUUGGCGAGUAUAUCGCUCAGGGUGUGGGCCGGCCCAACAUCCGCAUCUUUAUCGACUCCCCCAGCAGCUGCGGUACUCUCAGCCCCUCCAACACUAUACUCCCCGCAACCAGCGCCUCUACUUACGGCGCUACAGACAGACGGGCUUCACUCCCAAAUUCCAACAGUGAUGUGGUUUAUGUACUCUGUGAGGAUACAAAAGAACCCUCUGCUUCCAUCCAGCACAACUCUAACCAGAACUCCAACCAGCAGGGGCGAACGGGCAAUCGCAGCGCCCCCCGCGCUUUGCUCUCUCACGGUCUCGGCCAACUAGGCGACGUGCCAUGGGAAGUGUCCACCAUGUUUCCUGCCAAUGUGGACAUUCUCUGCUUAGAGGAGGUGUUCGAUAAGAGGGCUGCACAGAAACUCACCCGUGCUUUAAGUCCUCUGUUUGCACACAUACUCUACGACAUUGGGGGGUAUGCCUGCCAACCUCCGUGCAGCUGUUCCUCAUUUAAGUUCUUCAACAGCGGCCUCUUCCUGGCCAGCCGAUUCCCCAUCGUGGCGGCGCAGUACCACUGCUUUCCCAACAGCAGAGGUGAAGACGCGCUGGCUGCCAAGGGCCUCCUCUCUGCUAAGGUGCUCAUAGGGAAAAAUCAAAAGGAGAGGAAACUGUCUGGCUAUUUCAACUGUAUACACCUUCAUGCACCAGAAGGUGAAGGAGAGAUCCGCUGUGAGCAGCUGAACAUGGUCACGAAGUGGAUUGGGGAUUUCCAAGCAGCCAACCGACAGCCUGAUGAGGAUGUGGUUUUUGAUGUGCUCUGUGGAGACUUUAACUUUGACAACUGCUCACCAGAUGACACACUGGAACAGAAUCACGGUCUCUUUGAGGAAUACAAAGACCCUUGCAGAGCAGGGCCGGGGAAAGAGAAGCCCUGGGUCAUUGGAACUCUGCUGGAGCAGCCAACGUUGUAUGACGAUGAUGUAAACACUCCAGAAAAUCUACAAAGAACGUUGGAGAAUGACAUGCUAAGAAAGCAUUACAUCUGCCCUCCCGUUCCCACCACAGGCUCACCGUUGGUUUACCCCGAAACUGACCAGCCGUGGAUUGGACGACGGAUUGAUUAUAUCCUAUUCCGGGAAAAGUCAAUUUCCAAGCACUGCCAAACCGAAGUGGAGGAGGUAUCUUUUAUAACCCAGCUGGCCGGCCUGACAGACCACAUUCCUGUGGGAUUGAGACUGAAUGUCAGAAUGGACUCUUGACUUUUUUGUAAAGUCUCAACUAAUAUGAACAUACUUCCAUUUUCAGAGAGAGGGACCAAAAUGUACUAAAAGUACACUACUGUAGAGCCAUAAUAAUCUUAUGUUUACAUUGCUGUAUUUUGAUUUGAGAUUUAAUGCUGAUGAACUGAAAAUCUCUAAAAUAUCUCAGGUGGUGUUUGUAUGGGUUUCUGUGGAUACCUAUUCAGUGUUGCACAUCUUGGCUUCUGGAUUUUGUAUACAUAGUUUAUUUCAUGACAAAAAUCCCCUAUGGAAAUAAAUAUUUACAGUAGAACAAUGUCUAUUACUUUUGCAAUAAUAAUAAUUCAUAUAAAGACUCCUUUCAGGGCACUCAAGGUCACCGUACAAACUGUAAAAGAAAAUAAUCACUACAAAAAAAUAGCAGAACAUGAAAACAAUUAAAAUAGCAAAUGAUUUGGGGAACGUUAAGGUGAAUAGGCAGUCUGGAAUAAGUGAGUUUUGAGUCUAUAUUGGAAGAUGACUAAUGAGUUUGUGUUUUGGACGUCAGGUGACGGUGAGUUCAAAAGACUGAGGGUAAAACGGCCGAUUUGCUGUCACGGCCCAAUGAGCCGGCAUGACCGGAAAAUCUGGUUUCCACUUUCAACCUCACCAGGUGUUGAGACCUUAAAAGUUAAAGGAAAAAAGAUUGUUUGGCUAAAUUACAUUAUUCACAUAACAUUAGUGAUAUUCAGCUUUGGGGUGAAAUUUCAGCAUGAAUUUAAAGCGCACUAUAAUCUUUACAUUGACCUAAAGGCUUGUCCAACUGUUCAAUGAUUUAGUACUUUUUGCACAACUUGCUGUUCCUUAACAGCAGCAAAAUGCACAACAGGUGUUUGAUUGAUGAAUGUACCAAUAAAUGUCCCGAUUCAAUUGGAAUUGAUAUUUAAACAGUCCUCUUCAUCAUACUGUUCACAUCUUGAUAAUAUGAGGGAGACCAAGACAACAACACCUCGCCAUUCUGAGACUUCUCAAAGGGAAGUGGCCAUUAAUCAGUCACAGAGACUGGAAGAGUCACAGAAAGGCAUAUAAUUGUAUCUCCUUGGGGUGGGGGACACCCAUUGUGAAUUAUGCCAUUCAGGUCCUUGUUGGAGAACCGAAAGUUGUGCGAAACGUACGUGUGCAAUCAAAGGUUUAGAGAAGGUGAAAUUAUCUUACCUGUAAAGAUUGUCAGUACAUUGCAUUAGGUUCAUCCUUAAAAGUUCCCACGGAAGCCAUAUGUGCCUAACUUUUUGUUCCAGUGUAUG